AUGAUCAGCUCCGAAACAAUACAACUGUCCCUCAACUUGGACCAUAUCAGCGAGGUCGACUUCGGACGGCUGGAAAGGAGGCAAAGGUUCCGAUCGCGGAGUGUCGGCCACCAAAGAUCCGAUCACAACAUGCUGAGCCGUUGGGCGUCGGCCAUUUCACUCGAAGAAAUCAACGAGUACGGAAAGUGGAAGGUCGAAAGGGCGCAGAAUAUGCAAUCCUUACAGUUCUCAAUUCCAGAAAGAGGCUUUUCGCGUUCUUUCUGACGACCUUCUGGAAAUAAUUGUUCAACCCGGAAGUCAUUUUUGCCCUGCUUUGGGGUCAAUCCCCGGUUUCACAAGAGUUUACAGCGGCGCGAGGUUAUCUGAUCGCUGCUGA